GGGACCGAUUAGGUGCAAACCCAUUCGACCACUUCGAAAUUCAUGAGUGCGCAUUUUCAGAUUUUCUGCAGCUACCAACGCAUGCUACGGAGAGGGAUAAUAACAAUCAAUGGACUAGCUUGUUAGCUAGAUCUCAACAAAUGUAUGUAUACUUACACUUCAGUUGUGCAUUUUGUACAAUUUCAAGGCUAACCUUCCUCGCCUGAAGAACACUAUUGGAUGUUUUUAGAACAUGGCUGAGGACAGCGAGUGGGUUGUGGAGAGCAUCGCUGGAUAUUUGGGAAGUCCUGAAUGGGUCAUUCCAUACACUGACUUCUUGGAAAACAAAUGUACAAGUAAGAAAGGACACUUGAUUUCUACGUUUUACGAUAAAGAAAAUUAUUAUAAACGGUUUUCAGGACCAGGAUUACACAUGGUGGAAUCAUCCUUGACACCCUUGCUUGAGUGCGCUAGCUAGCAAGCUGAGUAACAGCUAGCUAGCUAUUAAAUUCUAGGUGGCGUUAGCUAGCUAAAGCUUUUACGUUCUGCUGUAGUAGUAGCUAGCGUAGCUAGCUUCAUGCGCGUAAUGUUUUUGUUGACGGAGGGGAGCAGUGAUUUUCCAGUUCAGUUGUUUACGUUGUUUGGCAUGCGUCAUUGGUUCACAUGUUUGAGCGACAUUCAUCCAACAUGUUAUUGGAAAUUAUAGCUAAGUUAAUACUUGAAGCAAAGAAACUAGCUAGUUAAGUUACCCACUGGGUGAAACGGUACAUAUCUAUCUGUACGUUAGAGACCACUCGAACGGCCAGAAUGUUCCGAUUCAAACGCACAUUCACCAGCUCUUCAUUAGAAUGUCAAAAUACGUUUGUUGAUCACCAAAUAUUGAGUUGAGCUGAUCCACUAUCUUCAUUUACUGCCGGUAUGUACUUCCAAAAAAGGCCUAAAUACAUAUGUGCAAGCAACCGAAAAACAUCUAAAGUGCUAGGAUUGAGCUGUUGUAUUCUUCCGACCUGUUAGUGGCAGUAAUUUGUGAUUUUUGUAGGUGCGAAUGGGCAUUUUUUCGGUUUGUACAUUUUUUAUUCUGACCUUUUUUGGAAGUACAUACCGGCGGUGAAGAUAGUUGCUCAGCGAAACUCAAUUUUUGGUGAUCAACGAAUCGACAUUAUAACGCUUACAGAACUGGUGAAUAUGAUUUUGAAUCUGAGAUUUCUGGACGUUAGAGAGGUCUCUAACGCACAAAUACUGGUUCACCCAUUGGGCACACUGGUUGAAUCAACGUUGUUUCAACUUAAUUGGUCAACCUGAUGUGACAUGGAAUCAACGUGGAAAAUUCAUUGGAUCUGAAAAAAGUCAUUAACCAGUACUGUUUUCAUCUAAUUUCAACAAGCGUUGUAAACAUUAAAAUUAGAGUUAAAUUAAAUACAUUGACUUACAGGUAAACGUAUUGUUAAUAUCAUGAAUUUGGCAUCUUAUUUACAGGGCUAAUGUAAUGGUACCCCGUUCAUAGACGCUAACUGCUUUAGCCCUAUUGAUGAUAGUAUCUUCUUUAUGGGGGCUUUUUGUUAAGAGCCCUGACGCUCGGUCUGAAAGUUAAGAUGCAUCACUUGCGGAACAGUUUUGGAAACAUAAGGACAAUAUCUUUCAUAUCAGCGAUAAAUCAUUUUCUAAAAACAAAAGGUUAAAUUGAUACACACCUUAUUAGGGUUAAUGUUCCCACAUGGCCGUAUCUCCAUGUUACAGCACUUGUUUACUGAAAACAAGAGGUGACCACCUGUGCUAAUUAGCUGUCUAGCAUGCUCUGAACACCUGUGUGUAAGCGUAACUUGGGAAGUGUAGCGGAGUGUAGUUUCGUUGGAUGGAGGCACCCAUAGCAGUAUUGGUCUGUGCAAAACUGCUACAGUAAGUGUAUUUUUAAUUUAAAGGUUUGUUUCUCGCUGAUGAAAGAUAAGGGCCAUAUGUUUCGAAAGCCGUAUUGCAAGCGAUGAUUAUUGACGUUUCUAAACAUUAAAACACAGCGUAGGGAUUGUAGUUCACAUGAGGUAGUCGUGGGAGAAGCUAAUGGGUGAAAACUGUAGGGAGAAGGCAGAAUGCUGCCUAUAGUUAUUUUUUUAAAAAAAAGCUAAUGUAAUGGUAACUGACUACUUCUAAACUUCCGAAGAGCCAAUCAACCAUGGAUAAAUGAUAGUACACCUAGCUACACGUUGAAAUGAUGGUGUCCUUUUGUUUGGCAAAUCAGAUCUAAAUGUAGGCUACAUCAACCCAACCUCACUCCGAAUUUACUUUCGCAUACAUUUACAUUUUAGUCACUUAGCAGACGCUCUUAUCCAGAGCGACUUACAUGAGCAAUUAGGGUUAAGUGCCUUGCUUAAGGGCACAUCGACAGAUUUUUCUCCUAGUCGGCUCGGGAUUAGAACCAGCGACCUUUCGGUUACUGGCACAACGCUCUUACCCACUAAGCUACCUGCCGCAUACAACUUGUGUAAGACAAGUUAGAGGAGUUACUUUCAACUAUUCAAUGUUAUUUAGGUAGUCUACGCAAAUGAGUAUGGUAACUGAUCAAUAUGUAAAUGUGUUGACAUGAUACACCACAUUAACAUGUCAAAGUGGUUUAAUUGGUACGUUAAAGAGUACUCCUGAGUGGCGCAGUGGUCUAAGGCACUGCAUCGCAGUGCUAACUGUGCCACUAGAGAUCCUGGUUCGAAUCCAGGCUCUGUCUCGGCCGCGACCGGGAGACUCAUGGGCGGCACACAAUUGGCAAAAGGGGAGGGAAUGGCCGGCAGGGAUGUAGCUCAGUUGAUAGAGCAUGGCGUUUGCAACGCCAGGGUUGUGGGUUCAUUUCCCACAGGGGGCCAGUAUAAAAAUAUAUAUAUAUAUAUAUGUAUUCACUAACUGUAAGUCGCUCUGGAUAAGAGCGUCUGCUAAAUGACUAAAAUGUAAAUGUAGGAAGCAUGACUUUUGACUCACCAAAGUAACAACAGUGUGGUCAAAGACUUAGUAACGACUUAGUUGUAGUCACGAUCUGGUUACCUAUAACUGCAAACAUAGUUAUGUUUUAGCGUUUUUGCAUAUUUAUUAACUUAUUUCCAGAUAUCUUCAAAACUACCCACAAUGCACUAUUUCUCAACUCCUAUGGAGAAUCUACUCUGCGUUAGCUACACUACAUGGUCAAAAGUAUGUGGACACCUGCUCGUCGAACAUCUCAUUCCAAAAUCAUUGGCAUUAAUAUGGAGUUGGUCCCACCCGUUGCUGCUAUAACAGACUCCACUUUUCUGGGAAGGCUUUCCACUAGAUGUUGGAACAUUGCUGCGGCGACUUGCUUCCAUUCAGCCACAAGAGCAUUGGGCACUGAUGUUGGGCAAUUAGGCCUGACUCGCGGUCGGCGUUCCAAUUCAUCCUAAAGGUGUUCGAUGGGGUUGAGGUCAGGGCUUUGUGCAGUCAAGUUCUUCCACACCGAUCUCGACAAACCAAUUCUGUAUCGAGCUCGCUUUGUGCACGGGGGCAUUGUCAUGCUGAAACAGGAAAGGGCGUUCCCCAAACUGUUGCCACAAAGUUGGAAGCACAGAAUCGUCUAGAAUGUCAUUGUAUGCUGUAGCGUUAAGAUUUCCCUUCACUGGAACUAAGGGGCCUAGCCCGACCCAUGAAAAACAGCCCCAGACCAUUAUUCCUCCUCCACCAAACUUUACACUUGGCACUAUGCAUUGGGGCAGAUGGCGUUCUCCUGGCAUCCGCCAAACCCAGAUUCAUCCAUCGGACUGCCAGAUGGUGAAGUGUGAUUCAUCACUCCAGAGACCGCGUUUCCACUGCUCCAGAGUCCAAUGGCGGCGAGCUUUACACCGCUCCAGCCGACACUUGGCAUUGCGCAUGGUGAUCUUAGACUUGUAUGCGGCUGUUCGGCUAUGUAAACCCAUUUCGUGAAGCUCUUGACGAACAGUUAUUAUGCUGAAGUAGCUUCCAGAGGCAGUUUGGAACUCGGUAGUGAGUGUUGCUUCCGAGGACAGACGAUUUGUACACGCUACAUGCUUCAGCACUAUCCGGUCCCGUUCUGUGAGCUUGUGUGGCCUACCACUUCACAGCUGAGCUGUUGUUGCUCCUAGACGUUUCCACUUCACAAUGACAGCACUUACAGUUGACCGUGGCAGCUCUAGCAUGGCAGAAAUUUGACGAACUGACUUGUUGGCAUCCUAUGACAGUGCCACGUUGAAAGUCACUGAGCUCUUCAGUAAGGCCAUUCUACUUCCAAUGUUUGUCUAUGGAGAUUGCAUGGCUUUGUGCUCGAUUUUAUACACCUGGCAGCAACGUGUGGCUGAAUCCACUAAUUUGAAGGGGUGUCCAUACUUUUUGUGUGGGUUAAGAGCGUUGGGCCAGUAACUGAAAGGUCGCUGGUUCGAAUCACCAAGCCGACUAGGAUAAAAAUCUCUGUGCCCUUGAGCAAGGCACUUAACCCUAAUUAGUCUUGUAAGUCGAUCUGGGGAAGUUUGUCUGCUAAGUGACUAAAAUGUCAAAUGUAAAUUAGGAAUGAAUGUCAAUAAGCAGUGUCACCCUAGUUGUUUAAUUCAGAUAUUAUGCAUGGGAGUUUGCAUAGUUCACCAAUUUGCAUUUUCUUUCAGUUUUUGAUGACGAAGAUGAAAAUAAAUUGACUUAUACAGAAAUCCAUCAGCAGUACAAGCAUUUGGUGAGUAGCUAGCUACAGUCUUUGGAAUGGUUUGCAACAUUAUUAUGCAUUGGGUUAUUAUGAUGAUUUAACAUUAAACAUGCAUCUUCGAUAGACAUAUUUUGGAAGGAUCUACAAUUCCAUAAAUUAGACCUGAAUCAAGAUGCGGAAUGGCUGAGGUCCUUACCGAUCACUGCACCUGUACACAGCCCAUCUGAAAUUAGCCCACCCAACUACCUCAUCCCUAUAUUGUUAUUUAUUUUGCUCUUUUUCACCCCAGUAUCUCUAUUUGCACAUAAUCUCUUGCACAUCCAGCAUUCCAGUGUUAAUACUAAUUGUAAUUAUUUUGCACUAUAGCCUAUUUAUUGCCUUACCUCCAUAACUUGCUACAUUUGCACACACUGUAUAUAUUUUUUCUGUUGUAUUUUUUGACUUUAUGUUUUUUUUUACCCCAUAUGUAACUCUGUGUUGUUGUUUUUAUCGCACUGCUUUGCUUUAUCUUGGCCAGGUCACAGUUGUAAAUGAGAACUUGUUCUCAACUGGCGUACCUGGUUAAAUAAAGGUGAAAAAAAUAAAAUAAAUAAAAGGUAGUCAUGAAAAGUGUUUCAGUGUUUUAGGCUUAACAUCAAAUGUUUUGUCUCUGGAAAACAGUGAUGCAAGUAGCUACAUUUACUUUCAGGUGGAGAAGUUGUUAGAAACCUACAUGCAAGAGGUUGGCAUCAAUGAGCAGCAGUUUUUGGAGGCAUGCUCCUCUCCUUUCGCCAAGUCCAAAACCUUACAGGUAAGCUCGAUCAUCUUUCCCAUACGCUGCCACAAAUGAUGCCAGAUACGUAGAUGUAGACGGAUGAGUGUGCAGCUUUACAAUGCAAAUGGGUUGAGAACAGAACCUCUACAGAUAUUUUAUUUCAUAUCAAUUGCACAGUAGCAGAGUUGCCUUCAGUGCUUUACACAAGAGUCAGUGGAAGGAAAAUGUAAACUAUUGCUCUGAAAAUACCUAGGUCUAUGUUUGGGCCAGGGCAAGAGCUCUCUCUGGAUACAGCAUUAAGGCUCCCCCUAAGAAUAACAGCAUGUCAAUGCCACUCUGAUCGGUCACUUGCUUCAUCAUGCCUGCUGUGAUGACAUAUCUAGGGGAUUUGUAUUAUGAUGAUGAUAUCCAACAGUUGCUGGAAACUUUCCAGUUAUUGGUCUCUUUCUUUUGCCAUACUGAACAGAGUGAAGGAUAUACUCUGUAUCCGGGCAGAAUUCAAUAGCUUCCAUCUCAGGACAAUUCAUUUAAUGCACCAUCAAUGCCAUGACUCCUGUAUGUGAGGGAGUUCAUUUGUGAUGACUCAUCAAGUAAUGUAAUGUUACACACAGUAGGCUACCUGACGUCAGACCGAACACCUUUGACAAUAGAGAUGAGCUCUUUGACAUCCCAAAGUCCUAGUUGCCUGUUUAUGAAGCCAAGGGCUACAAGGUUCAGGUCUCCUCAUAGGGAUGAACUGAACUGGAAGCUAACCAAGUCAUUUGGAAUAAUUAUUGCACAGUGCAGGUCAGGAAGGAGUAGUGGACAGUGCCAGAGUUUAAAAACUCAACUGAGGUAGCCUACUAUGGGAUGGGGUUUCUACAGGGACCCCCAGUGAUAUUGUUACCGUUUAACUUUGGGCCCUAUCCAAUCGAACCCAAUUACCAGGUGUCUGGAAUAAAUCCAAAACGAUUCUUCUUGUACUGCAAGUAGGCCUAGGUUAUGCACAUUUGAUGUGUGUAGAUAAACAAACAAACAAACAAACAAACAAACAAACAAACAAUAUUUACAGUGUUCUUUUUGUACAAGAAUAAUCACUUAUCCUGGAGACCUGUUUACUGAUUUUAUUAAAUGGGCUUUCGGUUGUAGCCUGGUGGAACAAGCCGAGUGCAGCGGUCAGUCUGCUUGACCAGGCUACUUCAGUGGCAUGGCAAGUAACCAAGAGCAAGAAAGGUACAGAUUUAACUACCUGUGAAGAAAGGUGGGCUACAUGGUAAUGACUUGAGGGCAAGCUCCUUUCAGUUCUGCUCAUGCUGUUACCUGUCUCCAUGCAAACUGUUUUGACAGCUCACUGCCCAUCGGGGAAUUACAGCAGGGUUGUGAUACUACUUAAUCACCUUGCUGAAGCAUUUCCCUGAGGUUAAAUCUCAGAGGACCUUAUCACCAUUGAGCCUAAUCCACACCUUUCCCACACCCGUACCUUCCUGCUAAUAGUAGGGAAUAUGAAGUGUCAGAGUGGGGAAAUGUGAUAGGAUUGGGAGUGCAAUCAAGAUAACUUGCAGCCUAGAUCUUCUUGAAAUGCGUCCUCCCCGUCAUGGACUGAGGAACAUGUCCCAUCAUGUUCAACUCCAUGGCCAAAGAAUGCAUGGCCCUGCAUGAAAAUACAUAAUAGGAAUAGUUCAGGUACACAACGAUGCAUUCUGUUUCUCCUCCAUCUGCUGAUGUUGAAAAAAUCUGUCAAUGUGCCCUUGAGCAAGGCACUUAACCCUAAUUACUCCUGUAAGUCGCUCUGGAUAAGAGCGUCUGCUAAAUGACAAAAAUGUAAAAUGUGAUCCUGAGACAGUUAAACGUACAGGAGCUCAGGUAGACCUGAUCUAUGACAGGAUUAGUGGGCCUGAAUUGGGUUAAUGAGAUACAGGAACAGCUCGAUGGAGCUAUUCCUGAUGGAGAGUGUUACCUAGUCUCAGAGCCAGCAGUGCCCUUUGGGACAUACCUGGGCCAGAAAAAGACCUUGGUUGUGAUUUAAGUUACCAGGAGGCACAUAAUAUAGGCCUCAGGAGAGAGACGGAGAGAAUGCAGAGCUGAACCCAAAGAAACAAGUACAAACAUGAAUAAUUAAUUUGACUAGGCAAGAUGGUUAGCAAACGUAGAACAGUAUUCAUGCUUGUUAUUAACUGUACCUUUGUACAGACUGUAUUCCAGCCUGUCCUGGCCACAGAUGACUUCCAGAUGUUCAGGUCCCUCAUGGUGCAGAAGAACAUGGAGCUGCAGCUUCAGGCGCUGCAGGUCAUUAAAGAGAGAAAUGGUACACCUUUUCACUGUUGUCACACAACUCCUAAUUAGGGUUGAACAAAUCUGGUAACUUUCCCAACAUUUUCAGAUUUUCCAGAAGUCUUGAUUGGAGGAUUCAGGAUUUCUUGCGUAUUCCCUCCCGAUGCUGGGAAUCUUCCAAGCAGGAUUUCUGUAGAACAUGUUGGGAAAGUUACUGGACUUUUAGCAAUCCUAAUGCUUGCCUACCAUACCCGCUUACACCCUACUCCAUCAUGCGGGUGUGCCCACACACACAAUGGCACUGAUGAGCCUACACCGUUCCAAAACCGUUUGUUCUAAUGCACCCCACCUGUGUGUGUAGGCGCCCUGCCUGAGUGUCUCACAGAUGGAGCAGACGUGAUGAGUGAACUGGAGCAGCAGGAGAUGAAGAUUAUACAGGAGGUGCUCAAGUAAGAGACUUAUAGAACUGGGGCCAUUACACCAGCUCUCAUACAUGCACAGAAGAGUGUUUUCAUCAGGAUCUCAUCAAUGAUGUAGGCUUUGUUGUGUAGUUUAUUUUAGUCAUUGGAGCACACGUAGGGCCCGUAGUUUUGCCUGAGCACAUUACUAGACCUCGAAAAACUCCAGCUCCCAAUGAUGGUCUAUAACCAUGGGCUGGAGGCUUUCCUGGUCAAGUAAUUUGGUCAUGAACAACUCCUGGUCCUAAGCAUUAUGCGAUGUAGACUAAUGCACUUAGCUUCAAUGGUAGGCUAUCCAUUUCAAUGUUUGUUCUGUCCACUCUGUACAGUGUGUUUGUGUUUGCUCUGGUCGCAAACCCAAUUUCCUCUGAGGAUCAGUGACAUACUGUAAAUAAAAUAAAAUAGUUGUCACAUGCGCCGAAUACAACAGGUGUAGACCUUACUGUGAAAUGCUUACUUACAAGCCCAUAACCAAAAAUGCAGUUUUAAGAAAAUCGAGUUAAGAAAAUAUUUACUAAAUAAAUGAGGCUAUAUACAGGGGGUACCAGUAGUGAGUCAAUUUGUGGGGGUACAGGUUAGUGACUGCAUAGAUAAUAAACAGUGAGUAGCAGCAGUGUAAAAACAAAGGGAGGGGGGGUCAAUGCAAAUAGUUCAGGUGGCCAUUCGAUUAAUUGUUCAGCAGUCUUAUGUCUUGGGGGUAGAAGCUGUUAGUGUAUACUCACUAUUUUAGUCAUUCUGGAAAACCCAUGUCUGUGUCGGCAUGCUUGGUGGUAGAUGGCUGUGUAGUAAAGUCAAUGAGUGACAAAUCAUCCAAGAUUAUAACUUCCUAGAAGCCACUCUAGCUCUAAUGGGAUUUCUGCAUUUGAAGCUAAGCCAAGUGCAACACUAAAGGCUGUGUGUCCAUGGGAACUAAGCUCCUUAGUGUUACACUAAUAUUGAGGGGUUUACACUCCAUGGCAACGGAGAAAAUGUAAUUUGAUCCUUUUGUCUUAGGGCUGCCCCCACCCACCAUUCUUUAGUCUUGAUUGUCUACUUGAAGUCUUUUUGAUGUGUCAGAGCGACUUGUUAUAGAUCUAUGUGAUGCAUCUUCAGGCAUUGUUCGAUGUAAGUGGUCUAAUCAGGGCAUUAGAUCACUAGUUCAUGCAGAGCUGGGCCUAUUUUAUAGCACACAGUGCAUGGAGACCACUUAACCUAUGUUGCUCUCAUGUUAUGUCAUGUUUUCAGCUAUGAUGAAGAAGAAAAAUUAUGUAUGCACUCACUAACUGUAAGUCGCUCUGGAUAAGAGCGUCUGCUAAAUGACUAAAAUGUAAUGAUCAUUGAAAAUGUUGCGACAUUUGUGUGCUCUUCAAAUCCUGUGUUAUGGAAAGUUUCAUCCUAGUUUAAUUAAGCUGCUAAUCAAUUAAGAGAUCAUCAUGGUGAGAGGCAGCAAGCUGAUCACUUAGGCAUAGUUGCGGGAAGUAGGGGUUCUGCAUCACCCCCUGAAAAAUCGGAAUAAUAAAAUAUAUAUUAAUGAAAGAUAUGCUAUUUCUUCACAAAAGUAGUGCACUGGGCCUUUACUAGUCCUGUAUUAGAGGACCAAUAUAACUGCCUGUCUGUAGCGCGGGCAAACCCCCCCCUAUAAUGGGCCACGUGAGAAUUUCUGGUAAUUGAACCUAUUUCUUAGGUUAUUUUUGUGCAUUUUGAUAUUGCCUAUAGGGCGUAAAAUUGCUGGGACCAUGGCUAGCAAGUGACCUGCGUCACAUACGCCUAAAAUAACAUUGCAGGACUACGGUUGGGUUCGGGACCAGUUCUUGCGGUAGCGGGUGGGAGUCGGACAGAAAGCCUGCGGGCAGGAGCAUGAUGAAUAAAUCAGUCCCACGCAGACUUCUACUUGGACUCAUGCCAGCUCUGGGCUCUGUAGUGUCUUUAUACCACUCAUAAUACAGUACUAUGUACAGUGCAUUCGUAAAGUAUUCAGACCCAUUUACUUUUUCCAGCAAAAAAAUGUUUUUAAACAAUUGCAAACAUUUCUAAAAACCUGUUUUUGCUUUGUCAUCAUAGAGUAUUGUGUGUUGAUUGAUGCGGGGGGGGGGGGGGGGGAAGAAGAUUGAAUCAAUUUUAGAAUAAGGCUGAAACGUAACAAAAUGUGGAAAAAGUCAAGGGGUCUGAAAACUUUCCGAAUGCACUGUAGGUUAAUGUACUGUCAGGUCCAGAAUUAUUGACACCCUUGAUAAAGAUGAGCAAAAAUGACUGUAUAAAAUAAAGAAAAAUACUGAGCUAUAUUGUAUGCUCAAAAACAUUGGACCAUUUAUAUUCUAUACUAAUACAAUUGCUCAGAUAUAGAUUUUGUUUAACAAGUCGUAUUUCUUUCUCUCAGAAAGAGAGGGGUCAAAAUGAUUGCCACCCCUUUUUUCAAUACCACCAGUGUUAGGUUUGGUGUCGAAAUAAGGAUGCAUAAUCAGAAAAGAACCCCAUACCUACUGUAAAAUAUGGUGGUGGAUCUCUGGUUUUAUGGGGCUAUUUUGCUUCCACUGGUCCAGGGGCCCCUUGUUAAGGUCAACGGCAUCAUGAACUUUACCCAGUACCAGGAAAUCUUUGCCAAAAACCUGGUUGCCUCUGCUAGAAUGCUGAAACUUGGCCGCAAGUAGACCUUCCAGCAAGACAAUAAUACCGAGCACACAUCAAAAUCCACAAAGAAAUUGUUAAUUUACCACAAAAUUAACAUUUUGCAAUGGCCAUCGCAGUCUCCGGACUUGAACCCCAUUGAAUACCUGUGGUUUGAAUUGAAGAGGGCAGUCCAUAAGCGCAUACGAAGGAUAUUAAGGAUCUGGGGAAAAUGUUCUAAGAUCCCUCCCAAUGUGUUCUCCAAUCUAAUAAAACCUUUUAGAAAAAGGCUCAGUGCUGUUAUCCUCGCAAGGUGAGGUAUUGAAAACGGGUGGCAAUAAUUUUUAAAGCCAUCUUUUGGAGAGAAAAGUAUUACUUGCCUUUUUAUUUUGCAUACAAUAUAGCUCAGUAUUUAUUUAUUUAUUUCAUACAGUCUCUUUUGCUCAUCUUUAUCAAUGGUGCCAAUAAUGGCUGUUAUUUAACAGCUUGUAUUCACCUACAAGUAACACAUUUAAACACUAGUACAACCCUAUAAAACCAUGGUGUUCUUUGAUGUAAAGUAAACUCUCUUAUCUGAGUUAAACGACUAUCUUCUGAAUCUACUGAUAGUAAACAUAUCUCCCCACGGUGUUUGUACAGGAGGUCAAAGGAGGAUUAUGACCUAGAGAUGGCUCGGCGACUGCAGUCAGAGGAGGAGAUUGGCUCCACGUCCAGAAGCUGCUCUGAUAGGCCAGUUCUAGAGGCAGUCAGCAUCCAGAGACCCGCCUCCAUUCAACAGACCAACAAGGUGAGUUAUGAACCUAAUACUGACCCAUCAGUGUUGUAAUACAAAAAUACUGAACAUCAAUGACUCUGUCUGCCUGUCUGUAGACUGUGAUAAAUGGUUUCCAUUUCAUGUAUUUAGAGCCAUAGCUAUGUAGUUUAGCAGCAACACAAAAGAAGGGGUUGUGAUGAGUGCAGCAGCCUGCUCCUUACAGUCAGUCCUUGCACACAUAUCACAUUAUUAGACAGUCUUCAAUCAAUCUACUAAUGCAGAGCAGUACAUGGUCUGGCAGAUAUCCAGCCCUAUUCUAGAACAUGGACUCUCAUUACUAUAAAUCCAUUUCUGGAUUUUCUAUUAUUUGAUUGAAAGUCAUCUCAGAAAGCAGAAUAUAGCUGAUGUCCCUAUUAACUAAAGCUUUGACUUGUAACACUUUUUGCUGCAUUAUCGUUACAAUAUAUGACAUUUUUAGCCUGUAUAUUAACCUAAAGUGGGCUAUGUGACAACUCUGUUGUAUGUUGCUGAGGCGAAGGUGGGGGACAGUGGUAGCCACCAGACCUCUGUCCCUCUGGUCAAUGGCAACGCAACGGUAACUCUCCUAGUAGUGCAAUAGCAUGGCUGCCCUGUGCCUUCCCUGUAGGUGAACAGUACAUCUCCGAAGAGAGGGGAGAUGAAGGCUGCUGGAGGUGGUGGGCAGAUGAGUCCAGCCAAGACCAGCACAUCUGCCCCUUCUAAGUUGGCAUCAGGUAAUAAUACUGUUACAUUUAGUCUCCAACACUGUUGGCUGACUGUUUCCCCUCCAUAUACACUGCUCAAAAAAAUUAAGGGAACACUAAAAUAACACAUCCUAGAUCUGAAUGAAUGAAAUCAUCUUAUAAAAUACUUUUUUCUUUACAUAGUUGAAUGUGCUGACAACAAAAUCACACAAAAAAUAUCAAUGGAAAUCAAAUUUAUCAACCCAUGGAGGUCUGGAUUUGGAGUCACCCUCAAAAUUAAAGUGGAAAACCACACUACAGGCUGAUCCAACUUUGAUGUAAUGUCCUUAAAACAAGUCAAAAUGAGGCUCAGUAGUGUGUGUGGCCUCCACGUGCCUGUAUGACCUCCCUACAACGCCUGGGCAUGCUCCUGAUGAGGUGGCGGAUGGUCUCCUGAGGGAUCUCCUCCCAGACCUGGACUAAAGCAUCCGCCAACUCCUGGACAGUCUGUGGUGCAACGUGGCGUUGGUGGAUGGAGCAAGACAUGAUGUCCCAGAUGUGCUCAAUUGGAUUCAGGUCUGGGGAACGGGCGGGCCAGUCCAUAGCAUCAAUGCCUUCCUCUUGCAGGAACUGCUGACACACUCCAGCCACAUGAGGUCUAGCAUUGUCUUGAAUUAGGAUGAACCCAGGUCCAACCGCACCAGCAUAUGGUCUCACAAGGGGUCUGAGGAUCUCAUCUCGGUACCUAAUGGCAGUCAGGCUACCUCUGGCGAGCACAUGGAGGGCUGUGCGGCCCCCCAAAGAAAUGCCACCCCACACCAUGACUGACCCACCGCCAAACCGGUCAUGCUGGAGGAUGUUGCAGGCAGCAGAACGUUCUCCACAGCGUCUCCAGACUCUGUCACGUGCUCAGUGUGAACCUGCUUUCAUCUGUGAAGAGCACAGGGCGCCAGUGGCGAAUUUGCCAAUCUUGGUGUUCUCUGGCAAAUGCCAAACGUCCUGCACGGUGUUGGGCUGUAAGCACAACCCCCACCUGUGGACGUCGGGCCCUCAUACCACCCUCAUGGAGUCUGUUUCUGACCGUUUGAGCAGACACAUGCACAUUUGUGGCCUGCUGGAGGUAAUUUUGCAGGGCUCUGGCAGUGCUCCUCCUGCUCCUCCUUGCACAAAGGCGGAGGUAGCAGUCCUGCUGCUGGGUUGUUGCCCUCCUACGGCCUCCUCCACGUCUCCUGAUGUACUGGCCUGUCUCCUGGUAGCGCCUCCAUGCUCUGGACACUACGCUGACAGACACAGCAAACCUCCUUGCCACAGCUCGCAUUGAUGUGCCAUCCUGGAUGAGCUGCACUACCUGAGCCACUUGUGUGGGUUGUAGACUCCGUCUCAUGCUACCGCUAGAGUGAAAGCACCGCCAGCAUUCAAAAGUGACCAAAACAUCAGCCAGGAAGCAUAGGAACUGAGAAGUGGUCUGUGGUCACCACCUGCAAAACCAGUCCUUUAUUGGGGGUGUCUUGCUAAUUGCCUAUAAUUUCUACCUGUUGUCUAUUCCAUUUGCACAACAGCAUGUGAAAUGUAUUGUCAAUCAGUGUUGCUUCCUAAGUGGACAGUUUGAUUUCACAGAAAUGUGAUUGACUUGGAGUUACAAUGUGUUGUUUAAGUGUUCCCUUUAUUUUUUUGAGCAGUGUACUUUGGUGCUUGAAACAUCCUUCUUUACUUUGAUGUCAGCAUAUCUGUGCUCCAUUACUAGUCUGUCUCGGUACCCUCCCUUUUCCUGCCCUCCCUACUGUUCACUAGAUUUACUCUGUGCCCUCAGUUUAUAGUUUACACUAGUCUGUUCCCCUUGAAGCCUUUCCUGUAGUGUAGAUAUAACACAUGAAUGUUAAAAGGUUAAUAUACACUACAUGUCCAAAAGUAUGUAGACACCCUUCAAAUUAGUGGAUUCGGCUAUUUCAGCCACACCCGUUGCUGACAGGUGUAUAAAAUCGAGCACACAGCCAUGCAAUCUCCAUAGACAAACAUUGGCAGUAGAAUGGCCCGUAUUGAAGAGCUCAGUGACUUUCAACAAGUCAGUUCGUCAAAUUUCUGCCCUGCUAGAGCUGUCUCGGUCAACUGUAAGUGCUGUUAUUGUGAAGUGGAAACGUCUAGGAGCAACAACGGCUCAGCCACGAAGUGGUACUAGUAGGCCACACAAGCUCACAGAACUGGACCCCACAGAAUGCUGAAGCACGUAAAAAUCGUCUGUCCUCGGUUGCAACACUCACUACCGAGUUCCAAACUGUUUCUGGAAGCAACAUCAGCACAAGAACUGCUCGUCGGGAGCUUCAUGAAAUGUGUUUCCAUGGCAGAGCAGCCGCACACAAGCCUAAGAUCACCAUGCGCAAUUCCAAGUGUCGGCUGGAGUGGUGUAAAGCUCACCGCCAUUGGACUCUGGAGCAGUGGAAAUGCAUUCUCUGGAGUGAUGAAUCGCGCUUCCACAUACUUUUGGUCAUGUGGUGUACUUCAGAGGGUGUGUGACUAAUGGAUGGUUAUGUGUUGAUGCAGAGCGGGGCAGUGCAGAGCCAAGGGUCCUUCCUGCAGUGAGGGUUCCAGUGAAGGGUACAGAGCCUCCGGCUGUCUCCAGGGAGAAGGGCAGCAGCCAGGCAGCAGAGGGCUGGAUAGAGGAGGCACGCAAGGAGGCUGGCAUCUCCAAGCCGUUCACAGUGAGUCUCUCCUACUGCAUACGACAUACAUAGGGCUCUGUGUUUUGGUUAAUCAUGUCACAUGACCUAGAUUUGAACGUUUCUUUUAAGCCUUUUCCAGAAAUUAGAAUUAGACAAAAUUAAAACAUUUGUCUGAGGAUGGUGCUGAAGCAUCUUACAUAAAAAGAAAAAGGCUUUAAAUAAAGGUUAAGAUUCAGGUCAUGUGACAUGAUUAACCAUAACACAAGGCCCUAUGACUUGCUUGUCAUGCACUCUGAAUAAACAACAACCAGGCAACAGCUCAUAGAAAGGAAACCCUAAAAGGCAACAUUACCAGUUUCCCUGGAGACAGAGGACUGAUGGAUUGUGUUUCUGUCUGUUCAGGAGUUGCCAGCAGAGCAGCAGGAGCAACUCCAGCAGAGGGCGCUGUAUCUGAGGCAGCAGAGGGACAAGCUUCAGGCCAUGAAAAGAGAGCAGAGACUCAAACCAGCCACACCAGAGGAACCCCCAGCCCCCCCUGCACCCACUCCCAGCACACCGGUAACAUCUUUCUAUAAUGUCUCUUCCUGUAAACAUAUGGGUAAUACUCCUCCAUAAGACACACUGUCACAGGUUACAGCUUUCAUUAGUGGUAGAUAAUAAUAAUGCGCCACAACUCAGCUGAUGACGCUAGCAAAGAACCUGGGGUCAACUCUGGUCUGCCCGUGUCAAUCUUUUCUCUUGGUUUCCCCUGAUGUUUUGUCUGUUCACAUUCUUCCCUUUUUUUGAAGUGUUGAUUUGUUCCUGUUCUUUAUUCCCCUGUCAUUUUACUUCGCUGCCUUGCCAAUCAAAGGACGAUGGUCCCAAAAUGAACAGGGGUGGUGCUAGUAGUGUACAUGAAGAGAGGGUCAAUGCCUCCCAGCCUGCGAGCUCUCCUGUUGGGGGACAUAAACCCAAGGUGAUCUGGGUUGGAGUGACGAUGUGGUCUCCACUUUGUAGUGCUGCUGCCCCCCAUGUGCUUCUAUUCUUAGGGCUCUAUUCAAUCUGUAUCGCUGGACCAUUACAUAUUGCGCAAUAUAAAAGAGAAUUUCCGAUUGAGCCGACAAAUGCAGCGUUUACCGUGAAUGCAGUCUCCACUGACAUCGCUUUUAAAUUGUGCUGAAUUUUGGCGAUAUGGAUUGAAUAGAGCCCUUGCUGUAGCUACAGCCCUGCUCCUGUGGCAGAUGUCACUUUAGCUUUAGUGGUGCUACUGUUCAACAUUUGACAAACACUUUCCUGUUUUCCCUUCAAAGGAGAUCUCUGUCGAAGAUAAAAAGAAGUUGCAGAAAAGAAAACAUCUGGCCGAAAAACUGAAAGAGGAAGUAAUCAAGAAGUAAACGCAACUGCAAUACCCCCCGUAGUCAAACUGGACUGUAAAUUAACCUGGAAGCUGAGAUGGACUGCGCUUUAGAGGGGUGAAAGGUGCAUUAGAAUUGGAAGAAUGCAGUAUUAAAGUAGAUCUUGAUAGAAUCAGGGGUGCAUUAAUAUU